CCAUCACUGGGGAAAGGAAAAUUUGCACAGGUGUUUGAAGUGACAAAAUCACCUCGUCGACAGCGAAGGAAGACUUUCUCAAGCAUAUUCAACAGGAAGGAGUCGUUUGCUGUCACUCAACCGAAAAAGAAACUGUCAGAAACAGUUGCUCCUUCGGGAAAGAGCUCCAGCUACCAGAAGCUUCGGAUGAUCAGGGGUUCUAAGAGCUCUUCCAGGAUGAACCUGCCGCCAAUGAUGUUUGGCAGCACACCAGACCUUAGCAUAAUUGCUGAGCAAUCUUCUCGCUCGUUCACUGACAGCCCAGAUGAAGCCAAAAGUGCUGAAAAUACACUCACCAAGAGCAACAAGGUCAAACGGCGGUUCACCUUCACAAGAUCCAAGUCCCCCAAAUCGGGCACACGGCGAAACUCGGAAGCGGUGACACAAUCCGGCGAAUUCUCAUCGAAUCUCUUUCGCCGUCGGAAGGAAUCCACCCAAGGUGCAAAGGUGGUCUCGCGUACCUCCAAGAGAGACAGCUCAGAUGAGUCGUCUAUAAACUGGAGCAUACCUUCGGAUCUUCCCGGCAUUGUGGAAGGGAAGAUGGACCGAGGAUCGAUGGAAAAUAUGUUUGCGGAAGUAGAGGAGCUGCGUGCCCGCUGCCAGUCAACCCCAACUAUUGCUGAGAGGAGGGAGAGCAUCUCUUCGGUUGACACGGAAGAAAUGAGGGUGCCUCACAAUGGGCCUAUAAUGGUCAACGUAGGAGUCCAAGUAGACACUGCUGACCCCAUCUUUCAGUUUCCGAGUGCGUUCCCAGGCAGCCACUAUGGUUUUUAUCACAGUGGCUCUAAUAGAAGCCCGCCAGAAACUCGAUCGGUGCCACAGAGUCCGUACAGCCUCGGGCGAAAUCGGAGGAGUGGAGCUCCAAGAGUAGUGUCCUGGGGGGUUUCAUCGAUGGGUAAUGGAGAUGUAAUGCGACCGCUGGACCAGAGACUCGAUGGCACCAGUAGCAGAAGAACUGCUCAUAUCGGAUCAUCUCCCCAGCUCAACACAGGUCGCACUAACGGUCAUUUCACGGAUACUCAAAAGAGAGACAAUGAGAAGCAGAUUAUGAGGGAAAGCUCACUGGACAGUGUCUCAACUGAUUUGGAUGAUGUCUGUGAUUCCUUGGUGAGUUCACUGCAAAACCUGACAGUUGAGUCGAGCAAACUCCACGAAGAUAACGUGACCCUCCACCAAGAAAACCUGGUAAGUGAAAAAUGAUAUAGACACUUUGGUGUAUCAAUUGGAAAAAGAAAGACAUUUGUAUUAUAGUAUUUGCAGAGUGCACAUAGUGCAAAGGACUUGUGCCCACUAUACAAUCACAGACAUCGAUUCCUUCCUAUUAUUUCAUAUGCAAAUAUCAUGUGAGUUUAGCAUCAAGCAAGCAGUGCAUUCAGAUUGAUCUGAAGCCAGAGACUGUUUUUCAUUUCCUUGUGUAGGAGGGAGAUUGCUCAACUCUAGUAUGGCUCCUAGUGAUCUUGCAAUGUGUACAGUGUGCAUGUGUAGACUACAAGUCAAUCCCUUUUACCAUUCAAACCA